UUGGUCAGUGCCGACGCCACUCUAUGACGUCACCGGAAAUCCCGCCUACCCUGCUCGCCUUGAUGCUAGCGUCCAUGCUAGCCUGGUGCAGCAGCUCGUCACGCACAAACAGGUGACUUCCAGCCAGUGCUGGUCCCCGCCAUGGGACCUGAGCGAGUCUUUCCGACUGCUGAGGACGAGGACAAGAGUCCAUGCGACGGAGCCCUGGCGGCGGGGGGAGUGUGGAGCGGUGGCGAGGAGGAGGAGGCCGGGGGACAGGUGGAUUUGGAGGAAGAUGAAGCCAACAACGCAGGAGGGUACUCGUACCAGCCUCUCAGCCAGGACGGGGACGACGGGGGGGAGGCACCUUCCCUCGGAGGGAGCCUGCAGCAGAGGAUGGAGGUGAUGGGCCUGCACCUCCCUGAAGCCCCGCCCCCUGACAGCGACGAGGAGGAUGACCCAGAAGGGGCGGCAGCAGAGAGAAGCCACGCCUCUAUCCCCAUGGACGCUGCUCACGUGGAGCUGGUGAAAAGGACCAUGGCGGCGGUGGCGUUGCCGUCGCUGGGUGUUCCGCCGUGGGCCCGGGAGAUCUCAGACGACCAGUGGCGGGACGUUGUGCAGCGGACCCUGCAUAGCCGCCACGGCAUUGCCGCCAUGCAGCGUACCCACUGCAACAACACCUGAACGCCACAACCGGAACGCCCUGGCGAGUCACGCUGUUUGUGUCGUGAUGGAAAUGUCAAAUCAUUCCUUAAAUCCCUAUUUGACUUUGUCUCAACAGUAUGUAUUUUUAUCUUUGUGCAUGUGUGUGAUGAACCCGGCAGGUAAGAGUCCUGCAUUGGGUGAUAAUCAGGAUGAUCGAUAUUAAAAAUUAAAACAAUAUUCCAAGACUAGUUUUGCA